AUGGAGAAAGUCAGUUUGUUUCUUUUUAUCAUAUUUUUGCAAUCUUCGUUUUGUUCAAAAGCGAAUUUGGACGUAAACUUACUGGAGAGUGUUAUAGCUAAUUUAGAAAAGCCAUUGUCUGUUCUUGUUGUUUCAUGUUGGCCAUCAUCUGUAAAAGUACGUCUGUAUUCAGUUCUGGCUGGAAAAACCGGCGACCUACAAAACAUGGUUGGAUUUAGAAGACCUGACGACAUAUCCUUAAACUUUGUUCAAAAACAGCAUCAUACCUUGUUUUUAGCCGAUUUAAACUGUCUUGAAGUUGUCGAUUCAUUAAAAAAGUAUGAUGGUGCGAAAUUAUUUCGAUCACCUUUUCGGUGGAUAUUCAUCGAUAAAUAUCGAAAUACAUUCCAAAAUACUAGUAUGAUACCAGACGCCAUUACUGAUAUGUAUAAUAUUCUGAUUGAUUCUGAAGUUCUCGUUGUUCGACAAAUUGAAAAUGAAAUUUAUGAAAUAUACUAUGUUUACAAAAUUGGUUUCGAAACUGAAUGGAGGACAGAAAUAAUUGGUUACUGGAAUAAAAACAGUGGUCUUCAAAAACCUGUUGCGCGUACCGAAGUAACAUCGUUACGAAGAAUUAAUUUGGACGGUUAUGAAUUAAAAAUUUGCUAUGUGUUGACUGAUAAUGAUAGUAUCAAUCAUUUAGCAGAUGAGGUGAACGACCACAUAGAUACCAUAACAAAAGUUAAUUUUCCCACAUCAAAUCAACUCUUAGAUUUUCUAAACGCUAGUAGAAAAUAUAUCUUCACUAGUACUUGGGGAUAUCGUAAUAACAAGACUUGGAAUGGGAUGACGGGAUAUUUGGAAAGAGAAGAAGUUGACAUAGGAGGAUCACCAAUGUUUCUAACCUCAGAACGGCUAUCAGUUGUUGAGUACAUCUCAAGUCCGACACCAACACGCUCUAAAUUCGUAUUCCAAGAGCCGAAAUUAUCAUACGAAAAUAACUUGUUCAUUCUGUCCUUUAAGUAUUCUCUAUGGUAUGGCACCAUUGCAUUAGUAUUUUUACUCUAUUUGGUUAUAUUUUUGGUUACAUUAUGGGAAUGGAAGAAGAGAGAACCAUGUCAGAAGCGUAUAGAAAGUGCUGGAAUUUUGAGACCAAAUUUUAUCGACGUUGCACUAUUUACAUUUGGCGCUUCUUGUCAACAAGGAAGCACGGUUGAACUAAAAGGAGCUCUUGGUCGAAUGGUUCUACUGCUUCUCUUCGUGGCUUUAACCUUUCUAUAUAUUUCAUACUCAGCGAAUAUAGUUGCACUCCUACAGUCCAGCUCUUCACGAAUUAGAACUUUGGAAGAUCUAUUGGGUUCAAGAAUUAAAUUUGGUGUUCACGAUACUGUAUUCAAUAGAUAUUACUUUUCGACUGAAACGGAGCCAAUACGUAAAGCAAUCUAUGAAACUAAAGUAGCUCCUCCUGGAAUAACACCUAGAUUCAUAAGCAUGGAAAAAGGAGUUAAAGAAAUAAAAAAGGGACUCUUCGCUUUUCACAUGGAAACGGGUGUUGGAUACAAAUUCGUUGGAAAAUAUUUUGAAGAGGGAGAAAAAUGUGGUCUUAAGGAAAUACAAUAUUUGCGAGUGAUCGACCCAUGGCUUGCAGUCAGAAAGAAUACACCGUUUAUGGAAAUGUUCAAAAUCGGAACAAAACGUCUUCAAGAACAUGGUCUUCAGCAGAGAGAGAAUCAUCUGUUGUACGAAAAACGUCCUAAGUGCAUCGGAAGACAGGCUAAUUUCGUGUCCGUCAGUAUGGUUGACUGUUAUCCGGCUUUAUUAUUAUUAACGUAUGGAGGUCUGAUAGCUAUUCUGCUAACUUUGCUGGAGAUUUUACACCAUAAAAGAAUCCAAAUAAUAGCAACAAUUAGUAGCAAAAUUUUAAAAAUUAAAUGA